UUCUGCCGCCUCUUCUUCUUCCUCCUCCUCCUCCUCCUCCUUUCCACGGUCUACAUUCUUCCUCUGGGUCUCCUGGAAAGCGUUUCACUUCCCGCAGCCCCCUUUCCAUUUUCCAGUCGUUUGUUUGUUUGUUGAUCGCGCCGAGCGCUUGCAAUUACUCGCCCAAACCUCGGCCUGGGAUGGGGAGGGGGGAGGUGCUCCUUUAAGAAAAAAGACAGCUGGGGCAAAACCCCGGGAAAGUGGGCGUGGCUUGCGAGACACACCCACCUCUCUUUUAACUGCUAGCUUGCCGGAGCUGCCUGCUGGAAGGCGGUAAGCCGGAUCAGAGGCUGAGAGUGAAGAGGUAUAAAUAAAUAAACCUUCCAGGCUACCCACCCAAGAAGGGGUGGAGUGAAAGCUGGUGAAGAAGAAGAAAAAAGAAAAAAAAGAGAACAGGACAAAUGAAAGGGGGAAAAAAAGAAAUUUCCCAAGGAUUUCUGAGAACUUGAAGCAAACUUCCCGGACGUUGCUGGACAAAAGUGGAACAGGAUCCAACUCUGAACACUGGGAGGACAUUGAGUGGUUUUGUGUGUGUGUGUUGCUUUGGCACUGCCCCUUGGCGGAGGCAGCGGACUGGGGUGACUACAAAAGCAGGAAGAGAAUCGGGACGUUCCUGUGAAUCACUUGAGGUGUGGGAAAAAGUUGCCGCAGUUGCCGUGUUCCUUUUUAGCAAAGAAAACCACCACAGUCUCCUGGCUGCCUUCAAGUUGAGCAAAUUUAUUACGGCAGAAGAUUUCAUGAUGCCUAUCCUCAAGCAGUCUCCAGUUUCUCAUUCCAAGAAGAGGCCCCGUCUGGAUCGAGCCAUGAUUAGCGCCCCUUUGGGGGAUUUUCGACAUACAAUGCACAUUGGCCGUGGAGGCGAUGCUUUUGGAGACACGUCAUUCCUCAGCAACCAUGGGGGCGCCAAGACCAAUGGGUUGCCUCACGAUGUAGCAGUGUCUCCUGGGUCUCUUGGUUCUCCUGGAGAUGUUUCUGGUUGCUUUGAACUGCUUUCUCCUCCUGGGAGCGGGAAUGGAGUAGUCCAGAGUCCAGCAACAUCUACCCCUGAUGGCAGCUUUGUGGUACUGCAGAGCCCAGAGAAGGCUGACUGGAAGCCCCCUAAUGGAGAAGAUUGGGACCUGCAACAGAAGUUCUCCCUGGAGAGUCCCACUCUGGACCAUGCUGAAUCCCUUCUCUCUUUCCAGCUGGACUUGGGCCCUUCCAUCUUGGACGAUGUGCUGGGAGUGAUGGAUAAAGACUGGGACAAUAUUAAAGGGCAGGAUCAGGAGGUAUUGAGGGAUGAGAGCCCAAGCCCAUUGGGAUGCUCCCAGCAAGAAGAUGAAAAAGAAGAAGAGGAAGAGGAGGAGGAGGAGGAGGAGGAGGAAGAGGAGGGACAGGGCUACAGUUUUGAAGAUGAACAAGACGAAGAGAUUGGGUUAUAGGAGGAGGAUCAUCUUAGCUCUGCUGUUUCUUUUCCCCAUCCUAAAAUUUCUGCCAGUCCGCUCUUGCAGAGUUUUUCAGCUGCUACUGCAGUAGUCAGCAGUUGGCAGCCCUUUGGCCAAAUGUGGCCAGCAAAUGACUGUUAGCUAAUCCACCAACUUAUCCCUGCUUCUUCCCAUAGAGAAGUAUUUUUUAUCUUCUGAUUUCUUUAUUGUGGUGUCCAAACAGGAAAACACCAAUCAGGAUCCUAUGGCAUUCCAUGAUGCUACUUCUGAAAAAUAAGUUCCAGGAGAUGCUUAAUAAUCCUUGUUCUUUCCCCACUUCUUGUAUUCCUUCCAAGGCCUGGGACAGUGCAGCUUCUUUGUACUGGAAAAAUACGUCUUGGCUUCAGCCCAUCUCUCAAUCUGGAAUCAAAGUGACAUACCACUGAGCCUGUUACGAAACCCUCUGUCUAUCAUCUGCUCUUUUGUUUAUCAUUUUUUACUAAACUGUCUUGAAUUUCUGUUCUCUAACCCACCGUUUUCUCUCUAUGAACUUGGAAUAUGUUUUUGAGAAAAGGUCACCUAAGAGACUGAGAGAAUGUGAGGACACAGUCUUAACCAAGAGGCACAUGGUUGAAAAUACAGACUAAGAGAGAAUGAUACCAUUUUGGGAAACUCUGUCUAAUGAUCUCCAAUAUGUAGCCAGGCUCUUCUAUCAACAUGUAUGCUAUUGGGACAUUCAAAGGUAUGAAGCCUUCUUCUGUUUAUCAGUCUCUUUUCAAUGGAUGAAAACAACCUAGCUCAAUAGCUUCCAUUUCAGAAUUCAUUCAGUUUUUUUCUCUUAAACCUGUGGCUCUGUAUAUCCAAGCAGUAUUGUAUACCCAAGCAACUGUGAGAUGUCUUUUUAAGUGAUGAUCUUGUGUUGAGAAAAGAACAUGAUUAGAGGGAAGUCAAAAGAACUUUGUCAUGUUUUCUUGAAGUCAAUGAAAAUAAUCAAGAUCCUUUCAUGGCAUGAAGAAGGAAGAAAAGAUGUCUGGUUCAUAACUAGAAGAGACCAAUGAGAGGACCGCAAUUAGCCACACACCUAGCUGCCUCUGACAAGGGACAGAAUUUUCUGCCAGUGGCCCACCUCAAUGGUUUUUGCAUCUUGUAUAAAAUAAGCAUCUGUUUUUGUCAGUCCAGUCAUGUACAAAAAAGGACAACAUUUUCAACGGAUAAGGUAGCUGGAACAAUUCUGUGCUAUUUUUCGCUCUCUUUUGGCUAGUCACUUUUAAAAACAGAUUUAUUUAUGAAGGACAAAAUUUGGAGUGGUUGUGUGGAAAAAAAUAUGCAUCAGUUUUUUCUUCUUCAUUAAAGCUGUGAUGGGGUUGGGUGGUAAGACAGGGUUGCAUCCAUAGAUAGCAUCUCUAUCCAAUUUGAACUGGAUAACCUUUUAAAUCAGGUGCUUUUAAAUUAAUACAAUUCAGUGGGCUGGAAGCAGAAAUAACUGGAGAGGGAUUUACACUGGCCAAUGUAUUUUUGAACAACACUUUUAUAAUCCCAGAUCCAUCAAAUUAAUAGCCUGUCUUUUUGCCUAUCAGAUAUUUCUUUUACAUUCUUUUGAAAGUGAUAUUCUGUUACAGCUAUCUUGGCUUCCCUAAACUGGCCUGCGGGAACGUUGUCAACUCAUUUUUGGAAGUUAAUGGUAAACAGUUGGGAAACAAAUCUGCCUGUUCUGUGUACAUAUGCAGAAUUGGUGGUACAGCUGUAGAUUUGUUUGUGCUAAAUGUAAGAAUACUUAUGUAGAAAUAAUGCCCUCCCCUUACUAUACACCUUAGUUCUGCCCCAUAAAUUUUAUCUACCCUCCUGUUCCUAGUUUAGAUCUAUCGGCUCCUUAGGGCAGUGUUUCUCAAUCUUUAAGAGGAAUGGACUUCAACCUCCAGAAUUCCCCAGGCCAACAUUUUAAAUAGCCAAGAUUAGGAAAUAAUGUCUUAGGGAUUGCUUACAGACGGACCUAGUCUAUAUGUUCCUUGAUUCCAUCGUAUUUCUGCUUUUGUGUUCUUACUCCUGAUUCAUUUAUUGUAAUGGAAAAGGCACAUAGAACUGUAAUGUAUAUGGCCUUAUCUGAAGUAUUUAUUUGCUACAAAAAAGAAAAAUUGUUUUUACUGCCAGAGUGAGUGUUACCACCUCCUUCCUCUCUCCUGAAUGGGAUAAGUUUUAAAUAUGACAGAAUUAAAAUAGAUAAGGUUGCAUUACUAAAUGCACAUUACUAAAACUGACAUUGCUACAAGAUAAGGUAGUGAUCUCAACCUUAGCAUCUUUAAAAUGAGUGGACUUCAGCUCCCAGAAUUCCCCAGCUGACAUGAGAAUUGAAACCCACUUCUGGGAGUUGAUUUCCACCUUUUUCUAGGCUGCCAGGGUUGAGAAACCCUUGAGAUAAGGUAUGUAUAUCCUGUGGCUCCCAGAAGCUCUGAAUGUAGCCAAUGAACUUUCCCAGAAGCGGCUACUGAGUUGUAGUUUUUAAUAUAAGGAAGGAGGAAGAAAUAAUUAAUUUCAUGGAGAGCAGACUCUGUUUUGUUUAAAAUUCAAUGUCUUUGUCUGGCUUUGAGAGCACAUGCCAAUUAAACAGCCAGAUACAUAAAUAUCUAAAUACCUUUGCAGUAGAUCUGUUACUUAUCCUUUACUAGUCUAUGGAGAUUCUCAGUCAUCCAGGUCAUGGUUGUCCCAAAGGUGCUUUUUCAAGAGGAAACUUGUGUUUGUGGUGGGGGAGGGGUUGAAGACAUUUUCUUCUCAUCUUGGAUGUCUUCAAGGAAAAGCAAAGUCCAGCUGCUUCUUGAAAAAGCACCUUUGGUUUGAAAAAAAACCUCUAGUAUAGCACCAGACAUCUCUGUUUUUGUCUUUUGUUUUGCAAACGAGACAGGUGAGUGGGGAUGGGGAGUGGGAAAGACUGUUUUAAGUUGUGACCAUGUUUUUGCAUCACGUAUCCUUUCUUAGAAAACUGUCUUGGCUUUGUAGUGGGAAACAUGAUUCCUAGUUUUGUUUUGCUGGAUCCCAUGUCCCAGCAAGCAAUUUCAAGACUAGAAGUGAAUUUAGUGCCACUAUAUCUGUGUUUAUUAGCUGAAGAAUGUAGGUUUGGGUAGGGGGUAUCAGAGAAGCUUAAGGAAAUGGGGUUCCUCUAUCAUUUGAGAUUCUCCAUGUGAAGUGUAAGAAGAGUUUUAAUGUAUGAGGACAGAUUAGUUGGGUUUUCCAGGAAGUAAUGUACAGACAGUUUCAACAGAAGCUAGAGUCCCAUAAAUUAAUGUUGGUCAAUACUCAGAUUUAUUAUGGGUGGAGAUACCUUCCAGCUGCAGCCAACUACAAACAGGAGCUUAGCUGAAGAAUGUUUCAUCAGAUAAUCACAAAAUACUAUCAGUUAUUACUCCAAAUAGUUAGUGCAUCUACUCUAAUUUAGGGCAGGAGACUGCUCUGGAAUUCUCUUUUCAACAAUGGACUCCCUGAAAGUAACAAGACGAUAGAAGUGUGAUGCUGUUUAUGAAGAAUAAUAAAUAAAAAUAUUGGGAUGACAAAGAGGUGAGGGGAGGGGGGCAGGGGGCGGGAAGUAAAGAUAUGGGCGUGUCUGUUGCAAAGUUGCAAUUCCACUGUUUUAUUCUUCUUUAGUGGGUGGUGACUUUACCCACCUAAUAUAAGCUAUACAGUUCCUAAAGCAGUAUGUCUGCAUUGUGAAUAUACUCCAAAAGAGGAGGAGGUUUCUAAUUUACAUAAAAAGAAAUAAAAAUGUGUCUCAUGUAUCAGGCAGGUUGGGGUUAAAAGGGGGUGCUCGGGUGGUGAAGAUUACAGCAUUCAAAACUUGGACCCGCGAGCAUGACAGAUGUUGUAAUCCAUGCUAUCUGCAGGGCUCUGCCCCAAUGUAUAUCGUAAUCCCAAAUUUGCCCCCCUACUUAUCCCCAUGUUAAAAUGUGGUGGUGAGCGUGUUUUAUCUCUGUGGUUUGAUUUUAAAGCUGUUCCAUUAACGAGGUUUGGUUACUGACUGCAAAUAAGAUUGGGGUCUGGUCUUUGGUCUCCAAUUUCCUUUGGGAAAAUAAAACCACCCGUUUGCUAUUCUCUGCUAUUUGUAUGCAUUUCCAAACCUCUCCCCCUCCCGUCCGAGAUUUAAUCCUGAAACCUAUUUCUUAGAUCCCCACGGAUUCUUAGAUCUUUUUUUAUUAUUAUUAUUAUUUUUUAAAAUAAUCCUUGCAAUUGAUGUAGCAAGAAUGGCUCUGUGUACAUUACAUUUAUUAUUUUGUAAUAGCUCAUGUUAUGGGAUUGCUAUGUAAGAGAAUGUCUAUACAGCUCCCUCUCUUGAUGUGUUUAAACUAUCAACCUACUAUCAGACUAUUUGUACAGUGACCAAAAAUUGUUUGAUAUUUCUUGUAAUUAAAAGCAAAUUAGUUUCG